AUGACAUUGUCCACGUACGCCCUGCGCGUGCGGCCUGAUGGGAGCCGGGUCAUGGACGAAAGCAAGCCGGGCACACGGGCGCCGACGCGCACCAUCGUGUUCUUCCUCGUGCCGGAAUUCACGAUGAUCGCCUUCACGUCGGCCGUCGAGGCAUUGCGCUCGGCCAACCGCAUGCUGGGCUAUGACGCCUAUGUGUGGCGACUGGCGAGCGAGACGGGCGAACCGGUCACCGCGUCGAACGGCGUCCAGGUGUCCGUGCACGCCGCCAUCGAGGACGAGCGGCGCAUGAUCUCCAAACCCGACCGGGCGUCGCUGUUCCUGGUUUGCGGCGGCGUCAAUGUGGAAAGCCACACCACCAAGGCGGCGACGGGCAUCGUGCGCGAGAUGCAUGCGCGAGGCAUCGGCGUCGGCGGCCUUUGCACCGGCGCCCACGUGAUCGCGUCCGCCGGGCUGCUCAGCGGGCGCCGCUGCGCCAUUCACUGGGAGAACCUUCCGGGUUUUUCGGAAAAAUUCCCCAAGGCCGAGGUCUAUGCCGACCUGUUCGAGGUCGACGGCAACAUCUACACCUGCGCCGGAGGCACCGCCGCUCUGGACAUGAUGCUGUCGCUGAUCGCCGAGGAUUUCGACGACGAUCUGGUCAACCGCGUCUGCGAACAGAUGCUGACCGACCGCGUGCGCGCGGCAACCGAUCGCCAGCGCCUGCCGCUGCGCGCCCGGCUCGGCGUUCAGAACGCGCGCGUCCUGUCCAUCAUCGAACUGAUGGAAGCCAAUCUCUCCGAGCCGCUGUCGCUUCUGGAGAUCGCCGACCAUGUCGGCCUGUCGCGCCGGCAGAUCGAACGGCUUUUCCGGCAGGAGAUGGGCCGUUCGCCCGCGCGCUAUUAUCUGGAAAUACGGCUCGAUCGCGCCCGCCAUCUCCUGGUCCAGUCGACAAUGCCCGUCGUCGAGGUGGCGAUUGCCUGCGGUUUCGUCUCCGCGUCGCAUUUCUCAAAGUGCUAUCGCGAACUUUAUGCCAAGUCGCCGCAACAGGAACGGGCCGAGCGCAAGCAACUGCUCGUCGCCUGA